CGCUUCCCCCCCCCCCCCCCCCCCGCCCUCCACACCACCACCACCACCCCGGAGGCGCCGGGCCCCUUGGAUGCCGCCGAGAUGGGCAAGGUGCUGUCCAAGAUCUUCGGCAACAAGGAGAUGCGGAUCCUGAUGCUGGGUCUGGACGCGGCUGGUAAAACCACCAUCCUGUACAAACUGAAGCUGGGCCAGUCCGUCACCACCAUCCCCACCGUGGGCUUCAACGUGGAGACGGUUACUUACAAAAACGUCAAGUUCAACGUGUGGGAUGUCGGGGGCCAGGACAAGAUCCGUCCCCUCUGGAGGCACUACUACACGGGCACGCAAGGGUUGAUCUUUGUGGUGGACUGCGCCGAUCGCGACCGCAUCGACGAGGCCCGCCAGGAGCUCCACCGCAUUAUCAACGACAGGGAGAUGCGGGACGCCAUCAUCCUCAUCUUCGCCAACAAGCAGGACCUGCCUGAUGCCAUGAAACCCCAUGAAAUCCAGGAGAAACUGGGCCUGACCCGAAUCAGGGAUAGGAAUUGGUACGUGCAGCCCUCCUGUGCUACUACAGGGGAUGGACUCUAUGAAGGGCUGACAUGGUUAACAUCCAAUUAUAAAUCCUAAUGAGAGAAUAACUAUUUAGUCUACAAAGAAUUAAAGAAAAAAAAAAAUAACCCACAUGGCUUUCCGGAAGAAUGAUUCUCUACUGAAAAGUAAAACAAAAGCAUCCAUAGGAUUAUGAUCACCUUUCUCCAGUUACCACCCUUUCCUUCUGCACACUUGACUGGAUUCCUGUUUUAACUCUUCUUGCUUGGCGUUAGGAUGCUCUAAUCUCCGAAUGUGACACGAACACAAGCACUAGAUGCUAUGGCAGACUUCCAGCAAACAGGGGAAAGACACAUUGUAGACUUGCUAAGUAACUUUGGUUUUUGGUUUUUUUUUUUUUCCUCUUGAUAGCCCUUAAGAUGGUUUGAUUAUUUUGGGGGAUG